ACAAUUUUUUCCCCUAGGUGAGAGGAGCAGUGUCAUAGAUAGAUGAAACCUUUCUCUCCUAGAGGAUUAAAGACCAUGUUUAGAGGAGUGCUUGCUCUUGUACUGCUGUGGUGGAAUGGUAACCUCUUCAGCCUUCCCGAAAGAUGCGGCAUUCCAGGCGAACUGUCUAUCCCGGCUGGGGUAACAGGGAGAGCCCGGACCACAGAAGGUGCAAUAGUGCCGAUACGGGUCGGAGGAGAUCGGUCAGUCGUGCACAGGAGAACAGGCACUGCAAACAGGAUCUUCCCCAGCUUCCUGACAGUACACGUUCAGAAACCAAAUCUAUAAAUGAAAGAGACCAUCGUGAACGACGCUAUGUUGAAGAAUACAGAAACGAGUACAAUCAAGGAUGCGAUAUGGGGCAUCACAGUAGCAAAUCAUCAGGUCGUAGUGGGACGAGCAGUUACAAAAUGAAAUACAAGACACAUCACACUACCUGUCAUCAUCAUCGUUCACAGAAGAGUCAUCGAAGGAAAAGAUCCAGGAGUGUAGAGGAUGAUGAGGAGGGUCACCUGAUCUGUCAGAGUGGAGACGUACUAAGUGCAAGAUAUGAGAUCGUUGCUACUUUGGGUGAAGGAGCUUUUGGAAAAGUAGUGGAAUGCAUUGAUCACAAAAUGGAAGGCAGACAUGUAGCUGUGAAAAUUGUAAAAAAUGUUGAUAGGUACUCCGAAGCCGCUCAUGCAGAAAUACAAGUACUGGCACAUUUAAAUGCAUCUGAUCCCAACAAUACGUAUCGCUGUGUCCAGAUGUUAGAAUGGUUUGAGUACUAUGGACAUGUUUGCAUUGUUUUUGAGCUACUGGGGCUCAGCACCUAUGACUUUAUUAAAGAGAAUGGCUUUCUGCCGUUUCGGCUGGACCACAUUAGACAGAUGGCGUAUCAGAUCUGCAAAUCUGUGAACUUUUUGCAUUUGAACAAGCUGACACAUACAGAUCUCAAACCAGAAAACAUUUUAUUUGUGAAAUCUGACUACGUAGAAGAGUAUAACCCCAAACUGAAAUGCGAUGAACGCACACUAAAAAAUCCAGACAUCAAAGUUGUGGACUUCGGGAGCGCAACGUACGAUGACGAGUAUCAUAGCACCUUGGUGUCUACAAGACAUUACAGAGCUCCUGAAGUGAUCCUAGCACUGGGAUGGUCACAGCCAUGCGAUGUCUGGAGCAUAGGAUGCAUCCUCAUAGAGUACUACCUGGGAUUCACAGUAUUUCCAACCCAUGACAGCAAAGAACACCUGGCAAUGAUGGAGCAAAUACUGGGGCCCUUGCCAAAUCAUAUGAUAAAGAAAACCAGGAAACGCAAGUAUUUCCGUCAUGACCGGCUGGACUGGGAUGAGCACAGCUCUGCUGGCAGAUAUGUCGCAAGGCGCUGUAAGCCACUGAAGGAAUUAAUGACCUGCCAUGAUUCUGACCACGAGAACCUCUUUGACCUCAUUCAGAAGAUGCUCGAGUAUGAUCCAGCCAAGCGCAUCACUCUUGAAGAAGCCCUGAAACAUCCUUUCUUCUCCCCCCUGAAACAGCGGAAAAGGGCGCUGUCUCCUGCAGCGGAACAGGCUGACACAGAUGUCAGCACACCAAAGAAACACAAAAAGUGUUAAAAUAUUUAUUGUGCACUUAUUUUGUAAGAGCCUUAUUUUGUAUUGUAACUCUUUGGAUACUGAAGUUAAAUCCAGCUGCUGGCAUAAAACUUAUUUAAGAAAAAGGUA